CUGCAUGCCAGGAUGGCAGCGUCCAACCUGGAGAACCAGCUGCAGAGUGCCCAGAAGAACCUGCUGUUCCUGCAGCGCGAGCACGCCAGCACGCUGAAGGGGCUGCACGCCGAGAUCCGGCGCCUGCAGCAGCACUGCACAGAUUUAACCUAUGAGCUGACUGUAAAGAGUUCAGACCUGUCAGGAAAUGGUAGUUCAAGAAGUGAUGAACUCAGAAGAAAGUGUGAAGAUCUUGAAGCUCAGCUUAAAGUCAAGGAAGAUGAAAACAAUGAAUUAUUGAAAGAACUUGAACAAAAGAACGCGAUGAUAAUGGUUCUGGAAAACACUAUCAAAGAAAGAGAAAAGAAGUAUUUGGAAGAGUUGAAAAUGAAAAGCCAUAAGCUCAACAUGCUGUCGAGUGAACUAGAGCAGCGAGCGAGCACUAUUGCUUAUUUAACCUCGCAGCUGCACGCCACCAAGAAGAAGCUGAUGAGUUCAAGUGGGACUUCGGAGGGGACCCCUUCUGGCAGUCCCGUCUUGUCCAGCUACAAGCCGUCCCCUCCCAAAGACAAACUGCCAGAGACUCCGCGGCGCAGGAUGAAGAAGAGCCUGUCGACGCCCCUCAACCCCGAGUUUGAGGAGGCCUACAGAAUAGGGUCGGAGAGCCGUGUGGACGCCAUGCCCGAUCCCACCCCGUUCCUGCUGGCCAGGGAGUCGGCAGAGGUCCACCUGAUCAAGGAGAGGCCGCUGGUCAUCCCGCCCAUCGCCUCG